AUGAAAAAGGAAAUGAAGUCAGAACAAAGGGAGGAAACAGAUGUGCAGAGACCAUCUGGAGAAAAUGGCUACUCGGGUUGUCGGAGAGACAACUCCACAGAAACCAUCGACGUAAUAAACUUCCUGAUCCUCCGCUCCGUGUCUGGUGUUAAACGUGGCAGCUUCCCUCCGUGGUCCGGCCCAGGCCGGAUCUGCGCCCCCGAGCUCCGCCGAGUUGGAAGCCGCCCACGUGGGAAGGCCCAGCUGCAUUUCCGCCCUGCACUGCGCUCGCACCUCCCAGCCCCUGCUCGCGCUACCGCUCCACAGCCACUAGGUGGCGCCUGCGCUCUAGUGGGCGCCUGUCUGGAGCCGGCGAGGGAGACAGAUGGAACCAGAGUCGUAGGGUUCCGGGGACUGGAAGACAGCGCCGGCAGCCAAGUCAGGUGUCCUGCUCUAUCACUCAGUUUGAAAAACUGGAUCCCUUCCUUUGUGGGUGGCGGCGAACGCAGACGGAGCUCCCUGAAGACUUCAGACACACUUCCGGAGUACAAGGUGGUGGGGUGCUGUUUGCCAGCUAAGUGCCACACACCACCCCUGUACCAAAUGUGCGUCUUCGCACCCAACCAUGUGGUAGCCAAGUUCCGCUUCUGGCGUUUCCCGUCGCCACUGAAGAUGAAGGAGUCAUCAGGGGAGACAGUAGACUGCAGGCAGGUGUUUGAGAAGUUGCUGCUCCGGGCGAAGAACUUCAGCAUCUGGCUACGCCAUGGCUCCCGCGGUUGCACACACAACCUGUACCGAGAGUAUCCGUACCUGACUGUGGCUGGCGACAUCUCACAGUGUCACCAAGACAUGGGGGGCCGGCACUGUGCCCAUGUGCGCUCCCUCCAGAUCAUGAAGGUGGAAGAGACUGAAGAAGGCAAGUCCUGCCCACUGGCCAUCAAGCAGUUCCGCAACUCCAAGAUCAAGUUCCUGUGGCCUCGCCUGGGGUUGCAGCUCCAGCACAAGCCGUGCUUCGCCACCAAGAGGCUCAACGCUUUCUUCAAGACCCAGAGACCUCCCCCCACUCCCCAGAGAGAGUCGAAGAAGAAAAGAAGAGGAAGAAGAGAAGGAAGGGAGGGAGGGAAGGAAGAAAGGGGGAAAAAACUGGUCAAGUAAAUCCAACAUGUGGCACCCAGCUACUUAAGGGACUAGGACCUUUUGAGCCAUCAGUUCAGGACCAGCCUGCCUACAUAGUAAAUCAAUUCUCAUUUAUAUUCAUUCUGUCUCUGUCUCUCUUUCCUCAUUCUCUCCUUUCUCCCCCCAGUGCUGGGGAUGGAAUCCUGGGCCUUAGGAAUGCUAGGCAAGUGUUCUUCCAUUUAGUCACACUUCCAACCACCCAGCUACUCUUUUUCUCUCUUUAAAAACCUUUAUUCAUUUG